CUACCUCACUCGAAUCCUAUUCUUCUUCACUGGCUAAGGAAUGAUGUCUGUUUUAUUUCUUUCUUUCCAAUUCUUUGCAACUGUUCUCUUCUUUCAACCUCUGUUGCCUCGUUUGAUCAGUUGCAGCAAUGGGUAUGGCCAUAUCUCGGUUCGUGAGGAUGUUCUUCGCAAAGCGGGAGAUGAGGAUUCUGAUGGUGGGUCUUGAUGCCGCAGGAAAGACAACAAUCCUCUACAAACUGAAGCUUGGAGAGAUCGUUACCACCAUACCCACCAUUGGUUUUAAUGUCGAAACUGUGGAAUACAAAAAUGUUAGCUUCACCGUAUGGGAUGUGGGAGGGCAAGAUAAGAUUCGGCCUUUAUGGAGACACUACUUUCAGAACACUCAGGGGCUUAUUUUUGUGGUGGAUAGCAAUGACAAAGAACGAAUUUUGGAGGCCAGAGAUGAGCUACAUCGAAUGUUGAAUGAGGAUGAACUGCGUGAUGCAACACUACUUGUAUUUGCAAACAAGCAAGACCUUCCAAAUGCAAUGACUGUUUCUGAGAUCACUGAUAAACUUGGACUACACUCACUUCGUCAGCGCCGAUGGUACAUACAGAGCACUUGUGCCACUUCAGGCCAAGGCCUUUAUGAAGGACUCGAUUGGUUAUCCAACAAUAUUUCUAGCAAGGCAUAAUCUGCACUGCCAUGUGGAGUUGUGGAAUUUCCGUCGGUUACCAAUCCAUAUUUAUACAGAAAAUUAUCGGCAGGAGUCGCACAAAAGAAAGACCAGAACUUCUACUAGAGAAAAUGGUACUACAGUCGUAAAUGCAGCUAUGUGCUUUUCAAAACCAUUCUCCACUGAACAAUUAUCACUUUUAAGAUCAGCAAGGGAAGGGAGGAAAACUCAUCUUAUAUUUGACAUAAUUUGUUUCUUCCUUUUCUGGGUAAAUCCUUGUUUUACCUGGGCAUGUUAUUAGUUCGCAUAGAGCGAAACAAUAGUUACAUAUUACGAUAAGUUUGUUGAAGCUACAAUGUCAUCUUCAUCUAAAGCCCACUUACAACAAAGAUUUGUUAUUGGCUUGCAUGAACAA